AUGUCUGAAUCCGGUGUCCCUCAGAGCCCGCCAACGACGGCGAUGGCUGCGACGUCGAUUGCGACCACUGAUGGCCUCACAUCGCCAACUAUAGCCGUAGGGCUCCACGGUGACGGAGGUGCCGAAACUCGUCCGCCGCUCGCUGCCCACAUAUCCGAUUCGGUCGCUCAACCAACAAAAUUCCAGAGCCCUUUGCGACAUCAUCGUCGAACGCCGUCAGCCCAUCGCGAAGUCAAGGAAACGCUCGAUGCCGUCACCGAGUAUGGCAGCGAGGGCCAGGAUGGACGGAGCCAUCAUCGAAUCAACCAGUACAUAAUUAAGGAAGAGAUUGGUCGAGGUUCUUAUGGUGCCGUGCACCUUGCGACUGACCAGUUUGGUACCGAAUAUGCUGUCAAGGAAUUUUCUAAAGUCCGCUUGCGCAAACGGGCCCAGUCGCACAUCUUGCGCCAAGGUGCCCGUCGACCUCAGCGCUUUGCACAUCGUGUAAGCCUCAAUGCGCCUCUGUCGCCGCACUUUGGUGACUUUGGUCAGGAGAGCAAAGCCAGUCCAAGUGCCAACGACGCCCUCGUCUUCAUUAGGGAGGAGAUUGCCAUUAUGAAAAAGCUUAACCACCCCAAUCUAGUACAGCUGAUCGAGGUGCUCGAUGACCCUGAAGAAGACUCGCUGUACAUGGUUCUGGAGAUGUGCAAAAAGGGGGUGGUCAUGAAGGUUGGACUCAAUGACAAAGCCACACCUUAUGGAGAAGACUCCUGUCGUUACUGGUUUAGGGACUUGAUAUUAGGCAUCGAGUACUUGCACGAGCAGGGCGUCAUUCACCGCGAUAUCAAGCCUGAUAACCUUCUCCUGACCGACGAUGACGUCCUGAAAAUCGUAGACUUUGGAGUUUCGGAGAUGUUUGAAAAACCUGGAGAAGGCAUGAUGACUGCCAAGUCGGCCGGUUCGCCUGCGUUUCUUGCUCCCGAACUCUGCGUAGUCCGACACGGUGACGUCGACGGCAAAGCCGCCGAUAUCUGGUCUAUGGGUGUAUCGCUCUACUGUUUGCGCUAUGGCAAAAUCCCAUUCGAGCAUGACGGUGUACUUGAAAUGUACGACGCUAUCAAGACAGAGUCUCCCGCUAUACCCGAGGGUGAAAACCCCGAUUUCGUUGAUCUCAUGAGCAAACUUUUGGAGAAGGACCCCAAGAAACGCAUUCAGAUGGCCGAGUUGAGGGAGCACCCUUGGGUUACGAAAGGAGGCGAUGAUCCGCUGUUAUCCAAGCAGGACAACUGCGCAGUCCUCAUUGAGCCCCCAAACGAGCUCGAAUUGAACCGCGCUUUUACCCGGAAAAUGAAUCAUCUCCUCUGUGUGAUGAAAGCGAUCCACAAGUUCAAGACUAUCCUCAUCAGACGAAGGCAAAGCCGGAAUGCUGAAUCAUCACCACGGCCCGACAGCGGCGGCAAUGAUUCAUCAAACCAGGCCAAAGAUCAAGCACGGAAAGAAGAAAUCGAGGAUCUGAUAGCAAAGCGGCGUGAGUUCCUGAAAAAGCAGAAGGGCGGUGACGGCCACGACGAUACGACCGACAAAUUUCAGAACGAGCCGCUUAUCCUUGGCAUCGGUAUCGGUGCUCGAGACGAGUUCGACAAGAGCGAACCGUCGGCAAGCGCUGUGGCCGAAUCCCCGACCAACGUGGACUUCAAUAUUUACGAUAAGGCAUACGAGGCCGAGGUGGAGCGUAUCAUGUCAAAGCCGACGAGGCAAACAACCAUGUACCUGACGCGAUUCGUCAAGGACCGCGAGCACUACAAGGAGGUCGCCAAUGUCAUCGAGGGAACGUCCGCCAACGUUACACCAGCAGGAACACCGAGAUUUGAUACCCACCAGGCGGCAGCUAAGGGUCGGUUCGCAGACCUGGUGGCCAGCAUGAGCGGCAAGGGCCAGGCUGUCGCCGAGGGUGAAGAAAACUAA